GGAAUGUGGUCAUGCUGGAAAUCCUUCCACCUAGCCAGCUCCACCAUUCCAAGGGGAAGCCUACAUCCCAUGGGCCUGCAAGUCAUUGCCAAUAUGUUUGUAUCUAAAAGAAACACCAAACAAAGGAUUUACUACUACCAGAAAGAAACAAGCUCCCUCUGAUGAGGGGGAGGCCAAGUACUGCAGCAUUGCACACAAGAUCACAAAGACAGCCCAGCAUUGCCUUAACAUCACUGAACAAUGGCAGUGGAUACCAGGGUUUCUUGCAACCAGCACGCUACCCCCUACAACUUGCCUUAAGGUCCAUGUUCAUUAAAGUACAGGAUACACCAAACCCAAACUCCCUCAAGUUCAUACCAGGAGUUCAGGUCCUUGAGUCUGGCACAGCUGACUUCCCCAGUGUGAGUGCAGCACAGAAGUCUCCAUUGGCCAAGCUGCUGUUCAGGAUCGAAGGUGUUCAAGGGGUGUUCCUCUCAACUGAUUUCAUCACCAUCACAAAGUAUGAUGAAGAGUCUGAGUGGAGGACAAUCAAGCCAGAAGCAUUUGCUGUCAUUAUGGACUUUUUUGCCUCUGGACUUCCUAUCAUUCAUGAAGGUGAAAGGAGUGAGAGUGAACAUGCCGGUGGUGAAGAGGAAGACGACGAGACCAUAGCCAUGAUCAAGGAGCUCUUGGACACACGCAUUCGGCCUACAGUCCAGGAGGAUGGGGGAGACAUCCUUUACAGGGGUUUCAGUGAUGGCAUCGUUUACCUUAAGAUGAUGGGCUCGUGUACAUCCUGCCCCUCUUCUGUUGUCACUCUGAAAAAUGGAGUUCAAAAUAUGUUGCAGUUUUAUAUACCUGAGGUGAUUGAAGUCAUGGAAGUGAAAGACGAAGAGGACCAUCUGGUGGAGAGCGAGUUCAAGAAGCUUGAAGAUCAGCUCAGUUCAGAGUCUGCCAAAAAAGACUGAUUUUUUUCCCCCAUUGAUGCAUUGUAGCUUGAAUUGUGAUAAAAAAUUGUAGUUGAUAUACUUUGUAUUAUAUGGAUUGUACAAUACUA